UUCUCGCCCUAGGGGUUUGUGGCGUCGCCGAAGCUUUACCAGUAUAUUAGGGCCCACCUGGUAUUGUUUUCCAUCAACUGUUUGACAGCCUCCUCUUUCCACUACACAUUCUCUCUCACGCUCAUAAUUGUCGUGAAAUGGUCUGGGGUUUUGUUACUUGUGGUCCUAAUGAGGCCUUGGUUGUUUCAGGAUGCUGUCACAGAAGGCCGUUACUUGUUCCAGGUGGUCGGGCUUUCGUUUGGCCUUCGGUUCAGCAAGUUCAGCGAAUCUCGUUAAAUACGAUGACGCUGAAAGUCGAAAGCCCAGGAGUCUACACAAGUCAAGGAGUCCCCAUAUCCGUAACUGGAAUUGCUCAGGUUAAAGUACAAGGGCAGAACGAAGAAAUGUUACUGGCUGCGUGCGAGCAAUUUUUGGGCAAGGCCGAGCAAGAGAUCCGCAGAGUUGCUCUGGAAACUCUAGAGGGACACCAACGUGCCAUCAUGGGUUCAAUGACUGUCGAGGAAAUCUACAAGGACCGAAAGAAGUUCAGCCGCCAGGUCUUUGAAGUUGCCUCAUCAGAUCUGGUCAACAUGGGAAUCACCGUCGUUAGCUACACUUUGAAAGACGUUCGUGACGACAUGGGCUACUUGAAAGCGCUCGGAAUGGCCCGGACGGCGGAAGUCAAGCGCGACGCUCGCAUCGGAGAGGCGGAGGCCCGAGCUGACUCGCAAAUCAAGGAGGCCAUUGCCGAGGAAGAGCGGCUAGCCGCCCGCCUCGUCAACGACAUCGAGAUAGCCAAAGCCCAGCGUGACUUUGAACUGAAGAAAGCGGCGUACGACCAAGAAGUCCAAGCUAAAAAAGCAGAAGCAGAACUGGCGUACGAAUUGCAAGCGGCCAAGACCAAGCAGCGAUUGCGCGAGGAGGAGAUGCAGAUCCAGGUGGUGGAACGAACCCAGCAGAUUCUCGUUCAAGAGCAAGAAAUCUUGCGGAAGGAAAAGGAGCUGGACGCCAAAGUCCGUCGACCGGCCGAAGCCGAGAAAUUCAAGUUGGAGAAGCUGGCCGAUGCCCACCGCCAGCGCGUUGUUUUGGAAGCAGAGGCUGAAGCAGAGGCCAUCCGCCUCAAUGGAGAGGCUCAGGCGUUCGCCAUCGAAGCAAAGGCCAAAGCGGAAGCCGAACAGAUGAGCAAGAAAGCCGCUGCGUUCAAGGAGUACCGCGAGGCAGCCAUGGUCGAUAUGUUACUCCAAACGCUGCCCAAGAUGGCGGCAGAGGUGGCAGCUCCGAUUGCACAGGCCAGGAAAAUCACGAUGAUUUCAUCCGGUGACGGAGAAAUUGGCGCCGCCAAGUUGACUGGCGAAAUUUUGGAUAUCAUGGGCAAGGUGCCGAACCUGGUCAAGUCUCUCACCGGUAUCGACAUGGCACAAUCAAUCCGAGCUGUGUAAGGCGCCCGCCGGUUCUUGGACAAGACAGUCAGCCAUCGCACUGUCUCUUCUUCAUCUUCUUCUUCGUUAAAUUCAACUGGCCAUAUCGCUUGCUAAAAUCCAAAUAUUCCGAGUCGUAAAAUCUCUUUUUCUACUCUUGAAUCUCUUUGAAAACUCAAGCUUUUUGAUGUUUAUUUUUCAUUCCUCACUCUUAGUGUCUUAGAAAAUAUUAGAACGUGUAUUGUCAGCAAUAGUUUAUUUAGUCGACUACUUAUCUCUUUCGCUCCAAAUAGGCUCGAUUAGACGCAAAAAGUUUUGCUUGAAAACCAUAACAUGGCGAUAAGAAGCCUUUCUACUCACACAUCUAGUCGUCACCUUGCGAAAGUGCUCUCAUCUCUUUCUCCAUCUCUUUGACCGUUUUUUCGAUAAUUCUGUUCUCGUUUGCCUCUUCUGAUUUUUGGACCAUAUGGAAUCCUCGAUGGCCUCCGUCAAAACAAAAAUAUAUGUGUAUUUUACUUCCCUAUUUUCCGUGAGAGAACCAAAAGAACUUGCCAACACCAAA